AUGUUUUCUUUCCUAGUUAGAGUCUCCUUGCUUUCCCUUUGCCUACUCUCCUCAGUUUUCUUUUCCUUAAUUGCUCAAGCUACUGUCCCUCCAUCUGCCAGAUUUCAGAUCCCUAUCGACACAUAUUUCGGGGACUACCCCGUAGAAUAUGGUGCAAACUAUCGUCUCAUAGGCAUUGACAAUUACCCUUUCCAAGUUGGCUUUUACAACACCACCCCUGAUGCAUUCACUCUUGCUCUCCGUAUGGGAAAUCCUCUUGCAUCUCCUAAAAUGUAUUUUGUUUGGGAAGCCAACCGAGGCAGACCAGUGCGUUUAAAUGCCACUCUCACCUUCGGUGAAGAUGGAAACCUUGUCUUGGCUGAUGUUGACGGCAGCAUUGCUUGGCAAACCGACACUGCCCACAAAGGAGUGGUUGGCUUGCAACUCCUUCCUAAUGGUAACUUGGUGCUCCAUGAUUCAAAGGGCAUUUUUAUUUGGCAAAGUUUUGACCAUCCCACUGAUACUCUUUUAGUGGGCCAGUCUCUUCGUGUUGGUGGAACAGCUAAGCUUGUGAGUCGAGCAUCUGAAAAGGAAAACUCAGAUGGACCAUAUAGCUUGGUUGUGGAACCCAAAAGGCUAGCCAUGUACUAUAAGAACCCUGACUCUUCUAAACCUUAUCUUUACUACACAGCAGACAAGUUUAGUGUAUCCAAGGGUCGUAUUGAAAAUGUAACACUAUAUAGCCAAACAGGGGACACCUAUGGAUUUUAUUAUGAUCUAACUCUUUCUCUAACUCCUUUCCAGGGUGUCACACUCACUACAGUCAACUAUAAUACCACACUAUCGUUUCUUCGACUUGGGUUAGAUGGGAAUCUUAGGAUCCACACUAACUAUGAUAGAGCAGAUACAAAAAAUGGAUUUCAAGUAACCUUUACCUUUUUCUAUAAGGAUUCGGAUUGGGAGAGUGAGUGUCAAUUGCCAGAGAGAUGCGGUAUGUUUGGACUUUGUGAGGAUAACCAAUGUGUUGCUUGUCCACUGCCAAAUGGACUAAUUGGUUGGAGUAAGAAUUGUCAACCUGUGAAGCCACCUUCAUGUGGUUCCAAAAACUUUUACUACUGUAAGUUAGAAGGAGUUGAUCAUUACAACAGUAAGUAUUUAAGCAGGAGUCGAGCGAUGAAUGAAGAUGAUUGUGGGAAGAAAUGUUCGAGUGAUUGCAAGUGUCUAGGUUACUUCUACAACAAGGAUACAUCUAAGUGCUUGAUUGCUUAUGAUCUUCAUACCCUAACUAGGGUUGCGAAUUCCACCCAUGUAGGUUACAUAAAGGUACCAAAUAACAUUACUUGA